AUGCGUUAUUCUAUGAUCAACGGCCUUCUUCUUUUGGCUGUCUCCCCUCUGGCAGCUCUCGCUCUCCCAGUGGACCCCAACGACCAAGCCGGUCAGUGGGAUCCCAGUGGACAGUAUCGCAAGGGCCACUACGACCAGAGUGGACAAUUUAUCCCCAACAACGAUGACAACCGCUACAACAACAACGGUCAGGUCAACCAGAACGGCUACGUUGACCGCAAUGGCCAGUGGCGUGACAACAGCCAAAACGGCCAAUAUAACCAGAACGGCCAAUACAAUCAGAACGGCCAAUACAAUCAGAAUGGACAGUACAACCAGAAUGGACAGUACAACCAGCCUCGCGGUGUUGUAGCUCGCAGCUGGCCCAAUGACAACCAGAACAACCAGGGUGGUUGGACUGAUGCCAAUGGCCAGUGGCAUGCCAACAACAACAACCAAGACCAGAAUGGCUGGACCGACGCCAAUGGUCAAUGGCACGCAAACAACGAGAACGAUCAGAACGGCUGGACUGAUGCCAACGGCCAAUGGCAUGCCAACAACGAGAACAACCAGGGUGGCUGGACUGAUGCCAAUGGCCAGUGGCAUGCCAACAACCAAAACAACCAGGGUGGCUGGACCGACGCCAAUGGCCAGUGGCACGCAAAUCAGAAGCGCAGCAUCAUUCCCGGAGAAAUUACUCCCACUGGUGCUGAGGCUGAGCGCAUAAACCACCCUGGACUUGAGAACAAGGCUACUCCUAUGGCUGACUUGACUGCUCAUACCCCUGUCCGUCGUAGCUGGCGCCAGGAUGGCGAGAACAACAACAACAACAACGGGAACUACAACGAUGAUGAUAACAACGACUACAAAAACUACAACAACGAUGAUGACUACAGCCGCAACGAUGAUUACAACCGCAACAAUGAUCGCAACCGCGAUGAUGACUCUUUGUACCGCGAGAACUGGGACCAUGCCUCGCGUGUCGCUUCCGACCUGAUCACUCCCACUCCCAUCUUCCCUCGUGACAUUCCCAGUGCUGCCAACAACUGGAACUCGGCGAACGGCGCCCAGGUUACCCCCAGUGCUCAGAACAACCGCUACCAGAGCUACGGAAACUACAAGAACUAUGGCUCAUACCAGAACUACCCUGUCAACCCCCAGGACCAGAACCAGGACAAGGACAUCAAGGCUGUCACUGGCCAGCAGGAGUAA